GGCCUUGAGCUAGUGGUUAUAAAUGUGGAGGUUAGGGUAGAGACAGGCGCACAGCGAGAAGUGGCAGUCGUGUGUGAGUACAGUAUGCUGGCCAAGGGACUCUCCUUGCGCUCAGUGCUGGUCAAAGGUUGCCAACCUUUCUUGAGCCCUACCAGGCAGGGUCCAGUGCUGGCCAUUGGAGGGGAAGCUGGCAUCUCUACUAAUAGUCCUCGGCCUUUCAAUGAGAUCCCUUCCCCCAGUGACAAUGGCUGGCUAAACCUGUACCACCUUUGGAAGAAGAAUGGCACACACAGAAUCCACUAUCAUCAAGUACAGAAUUUCCAGAAGUACGGCCCCAUUUACAGGGAGAAGCUUGGCAACAUGGAAUCUGUUUAUAUUCUGGACCCUGAAGACGCAGAGCUGCUGUUUUUACGCGAGGGUCCCUACCCAGAACGAUACGUUUUGCGCUCCUGGCUUGCCUAUCACGAGUAUUACCAGAAACCCAUGGGGAUCCUGUUUAAGAAGUCAGAAGCUUGGAAGAAAGAUCGAAUUCUCCUAAACCAGGAGGUGAUGUCCCGUGACACCAUCAAGAACUUCGUGCCCCUGAUUGAAGGUGUAGCUCAUGACUUCAUCAAGGUCUUGCACAGGCGCGUCAAGGAGCAGAACUCUGGAAAAUUUUCAGGGGACAUCAGUGAAGACCUGUUCCGCUUUUCCUUUGAGGCCAUCACCAGUGUCAUCUUUGGGGAGCGCCUGGGGAUGUUGGAGGAGAUCGUGGACCCUGAAUCCCAGCGGUUCAUCGAUGCUGUCUACCAGAUGUUCCACACUAGUGUCCCCAUGCUCAUCCUGCCUCCAGAACUCUUUCGAUUCUUCAGAGCUAAGGUCUGGAAGGACCAUGCGGCUGCCUGGGAUGUGAUUUUUGAUAAAGCUGAUGAAUACAUCCAGAACUUCUACUGGAGCUUACGGCACAAGCAAGACUUCAGCCAGUACCCUGGUGUCCUCUAUAGCCUCCUGAGUGGUAACAAGAUGCCCUUCAAGAACAUCCAGGCCAACAUUACGGAGUUGCUGGCAGGAGGAGUGGACACGACAUCCAUGACCCUGCUGUGGAACCUUUACGAGAUGGCACACAACUUGAAAGUACAGGAGAUGCUGCGGGCAGAGGUUCUGGCUGCCCGGCGCCAGGCCCAGGGAGAUAUGGUCAAGAUGAUACAGUUGGUCCCACUUCUAAAAGCCAGCAUCAAGGAGACCCUGAGGAUCCACCCCAUCUCCGUGACCUUGCAGAGGUAUCUUGCGAAUGACGUGGUACUUCAGAAUUACAAGAUUCCUGCCAAGACAUUGGUGCAGGCGGCUAUCUAUGCCAUGGGCCAAGAACCCAGCUACUUCUCCAACCCAGACAAGUUUGACCCAACUCGCUGGUUGGAAAAAAGCAAAAAUAGCACCCACUUCAAGUACUUGGGCUUUGGCUGGGGUAUUCGACAGUGCGUGGGCCGGCGGAUUGCGGAGCUGGAGAUGACCGUCCUCCUCAUCAAUGUGCUGGAGAACUUCAGAAUUGAAGUUCAAAAUCUCUCUGAUGUGGGGACCAAGUUUGGCCUUCUCCUGUUGCCCGAGAAGCCCAUCUUCUUCAACUUCCAGCCUCUCAAGAAGGACAUGGGCACAACCAUGAUCACACAGGGUGGCACUGUCUGAACUGCAGGCUGGAGUCACAUGGGGCGGUGUCUCUGUCUCUAGAAACACCUGCUCCUUUUGGAUGGUUCUGAGCUCUCAGGGGCCACCUGCCUAGGUUAGCUGGCUUAUCACUCUCCUCCUUUACUUACCCAGAAAGUUAAUAAACAGAUGAACUCUG